UGAGCGCUUCCGCCUUGACUGUUUCCGUGCUGUCAUAGAGGGAGGAUGAACAACCACAAAUGUAGGACUUUUUUUCUGAAGCCAAGAGGACGGACGAGAAUAAUACAAUGUAUCUAUGUGGUUGGAUUCAUGGACUUGUUUGGGGUGAGCAUGAUCAUCCCACUGCUGAGCCAUCACGUGAAGGCUCUCGGAGCAAGUCCCACGGUGGCCGGUAUUGUAGGAUCCACAUAUGGAAUCUUGCAGCUUUUCUCCAGCACCAUAGUUGGCAGCUGGAGCGAUGUGGUGGGACGGCGGAACUCCCUGCUCACCUGUCUGCUGCUCAGCGCUCUGGGCUACGGCCUGCUGGGGAUGUCCAGCAGCAUCGCGUUGUUCAUCCUCGCGCGGAUACCCGUGGGGCUGUUCAAGCACUCCCUGUCCAUCUGCAGAGCCCUGCUGUCUGAUCUGGUGUCAGAGUCAGAGCGCCCUCUGGUGAUGGGACACUUCAAUGCAGCCUCCAGCGUCGGCUUCAUCCUGGGCCCCGUGGUGGGUGGCUACCUCACCGAGCACGAAGGAGGUUUCUAUACGUCCUCCUUCACUUGUGCGGCCAUCUUCCUAAUUAAUGCUGGGCUGGUGUGGAUGCUUCCAUGGAGUGAAACGCUAGCCUACUGUAAUGGCACUAGCUCCAGCAACAACAUCAAUAAAGGUUGUCACGACAACCACCAUAGUAAGUCUGCACACAACGGCUCCCAUGCGAACAGCCACCUCCCGGUGUUGACAACAGAGACCGAACCGCAUUCCAGAACUCCUGGGAAGUCUUACGGUGGUCUCAGGUGGAGGGACGUGUCUCUGCUCCAGCCUGUCUGGAGACAGCUGUCCUCAGUGGGCUCCAAAAUCCACAUGGUGGCCUCCUCUGACAUGUGGGACCUCUUCCUCGUGCGUCUUCUGAUGGCCAUAGCUAUCAUGCUCUACUACAGCAACUUCUCUCUGGCCAUGGAGGAGCGUUUCUCACUUAAGCCAAAGAUGACAGGUUACCUGAUCAGCUACAGCAGCACCUUAGGCGCCCUGGCUGGGUUCCUGGUGGGGCCGGUCACCCAGGUCUAUGGGAACAACAUGUCUGCCCUCCUGCUUCAUUCCACGGUGCUCACCUGCUCGCUCAUUUUCCUGUACGCGGCGGCGCCGAGCGUGUGGCAGGUGCUGCUCACCUCCACCUUCUUCGCCAUUUCUACCACUAUCGGACGGACGUGCAUCACGGACCUGGAGCUGCAGAGGGGAGGGGUGCAGGCCAGCGGGACUCUGAUCGGAGCUGGGCAGUCAGUUACAGCCGUGGGUCGGGUCCUGGCCCCUCUUCUCUCCGGUCUGGCCCAGGAGUUCAGCCCUUGCGGCCCACCCAGCCUGGGAGUAGUGCUGGCUCUGGCAGCCGUCGGUUUACUGCUCAACAGAAUCCCUAAAUGGGACGGGAGAGGGACGACCAAAACUAUUAAACUCUGAGUAACUGAAUUAAGUUAAAUUCUGGAAAUCUGCCACUCCGAGAAGUGCACUUAUCUGCAGGAGGCCAGCUGUGACGAUGAGCAGGGCGGGACUCAUCGAGGGGACAGCGUUUCCCACCGAAGAAAGUUUUCCGACAGGAUGCCGAGCGUCAGACGCCCGUCUCCACCAGCACUACAGUCCUUCUCUCAGGGACAACAGAAUCAAAAGCACAGCGUCGAGGUGACGGCUAAGCUGCGAGGUUAAAUGCGUUUCCCCAACGUGCUGCAGUCUGCGCAGUCGGCACAAACAUAAUACUUGAUUGACGCUGUGGUUUUAAUGCAAUUCUGUAACAACUACACGUCCAAAUCCCAAUGAAUUUACACUACGAACCAAAAUAACUACAGCUUCACCCAAACACUUCAGAAAAAAAGAUGGAACUAUGAAGAAAGUCCAUGACAAGUGGCAAUAAGGCAGAUUGCUGUACCUUUUUUUUUUUAAUUUUUUUUUACAAAUUUACCUCAAUAGCAGUUUUUUCUUCUUCUGAACUGUAUCAGAAAUGGUUCCCAUGGUGGUAUUAUGCAGAUACACUACCAAUCAAAUGUUUGGACUACACUGAGAAGGUGUGUCCAGACGUCUGACUAGUAGCGUAUGGGUGAAUGUCUUAAAAAUUGUACACUUACUAGAGAUUUGUUAAUUUAUCCGAGGAGAUAUUUAAAUAAAGAAGUUUCGUUUGGUUCCGUCGCUGUAUUUCGUCUUCCGUUUAUAACGAACCCAUUCGCCUCCCGGACAAGAAGGAAAAUUUGUCUUUAACGUUUCUGCAAACACUGAAUCCUUGAAGUACAUGUCUGAUAAAUGCCAAACAAAAUCACAAGUAAUAAAAGACGUUUUUUAUA